AUGUGGUACCGAACGGAUUAUAAAGAAAACUCAGUAAAGUUCAGUGAUAGUACUCUUCGAGAAGAACUAAGGCGGUUAGGAUUCAAUGCUGGCCCUAUUGUAGAUAGUACACGAAGUCUCUAUGUAAAGAAGUUGGCAACGUUGAAAAGAAAGUCUAAAUCUGAAUAUGGCGGUAGUUUCAGUGGUGUUACUGAGCCUGCUUAUAAACCUCUGAAAGCAAAACAACAACAGCGGAAGAUAUGUAAAGCUCCCAGAUUCAACAUUCAAGAUUGUCUCAGCGGCGCCGACCUGACACAGGACUUGAAACCUUAUAUACAACUAGAAGAAAAAGGACGGGCGUAUUUCGGAGAUCCAAGGAAUAACUCGACGAAUAACACAACUAAGAAGUCAUUCACAUAUCUAUUUUUGGAUCCAAGAAUCACGAAGAACCUCUCUGAUGAGACUAAAACUCAAAACAUAACUAAAAAUCAAAAUAUAAAUAGACAAUGGGAAACAUUUAUUAAUUCAAUAUUUUAUGUGGGCAAAGGAACAAACGGCAGACCAUACAAACAUUUAGAAGAAGCUCUCUCUCUCAGGAAGGAUAAAGGAUACAAGACAAGCAAAGAUGAGAAGAUUCAACGUAUUUUUGACAUUUGGGACGACGAUAAAGGUGUUAUUUGUCAACAUGUUUUUCAUAAUGUGAUACAAGAUGAAGCUUUCACAUAUGAAGCGGCCAUGAUUGAUGCACUCGGAAUAAACAGGUUAACAAAUAUAAAAUUAGGAAGUUACAAAGGGAUUGUUAAGUCAUGGAGAGAAGAAGAACAGCUAAAGCUUGGAGUAUACUUACUAUACAAAGCUUUGAAUAAUUACCUCAAUAAAGGUGAAAGACAACUGCGACCAGAUGAUAUUUAA